AUGGGCAUCGUCAACAUGUUUCCGACUGCAGCAGGAAUCGCCCUGGCCGCGGCCUGCUUGUCCCCUAUGGUGGCGGCCGCAAGUUCAUGCAGCAGCAGCAGCAGCGCCAACUCGACGCGGGCAGCAGUCCCGAGCGCCGUCCUCCCCCAAGGAACCAUCAGAGGGUUCCGCGAUGCCAGCUGCAACUCCGUCUUCCUGGGCGUGCCCUUCGCCGGCACGACGGGCGGCGGGAACCGGUGGCGGGCGCCGCAGGACCUCCCCAGGUCGAACCGGACGUUCGCCGCGACGUCCUACGGCCCGACGUGCCCCCAGGCCAUCUCGGGCGACCUCUUCAGCCAGCAGGGCGAGGACUGCCUGAACCUCAACAUCUGGGCGCCCUCGGCCGGGGAGAAUCUGCCCGUCUUCGUCUACAUGUACGGCGGUGCAAUGGUCACGGGGUCCAACAGCAACCCGCAGAUCCAGGGCUCCAACUUCGCCCGCAAGGGUGUCGUCUACGUCAACUUCAACACCCGCGAGAGCGUCUUCGCGUCCCCCUACUCGGCGGAGCUGGCCAAGGAGGCGGGCGGUAGCGCGGGAGGGUCGCAGAACUUCGGCAUCCUGGACGUCGAAAAGGCCCUCGACUGGGUCCGCGAGAACAUCCACGCGUUCGGGGGCAACCCGGAGCACGUCGUGUUCGGCGGCCACUCGUCCGGUGGCGUGCACGUGGACCACUAUCUCUGGAACCACCCGGACUCGUGGCUCAAGGGCGCGGUGCAGAUGAGCGCCAACGCCAUGUCCGGCCCGGCCUUCGCGCCCGUCAACGAGGCCCUCGACGCCGUCGCCGCCGAGGUCGGAUGCCCCCAGGCCGGCGAGGGCGGCCAGCUGGACUGUCUCCGCGAGGUGGACGUGUACGCGUUCCAGACGGCCAACUUCAACUCCACCUCCAACACCUGGUUCACGCCCGUCAUCGACAACAUCACGCGGCACGCCGACUACGCCGCGCGUCUCGCGGCCGGGCAGUACGCGUCCCACGUGCCGCUGCUGACGGGCACCUCGGACGGCGAGGGCACCAUCUUCAGCCUCGUGUACGGCGCCGAGAACGGCGACUUCGGCUCGUGGAUCAAAACAUUCAACGCCGACAGCGCGCACAUCGAGGACGAAGUGCUGCUGGAGGCGUACAACGCCUCCGACUUCGGGUCCGAGCCCCUCCGGAGCGGCGCCCAGUACGGCGACGCCCGGUUCAACUGCGCCGUCGACUACCUCCUGGACCUGCGCAGCGCCGUGCAGGACACCUGGGUGUACCGCUUCUUUGGGGCGUACGACAACGUCGUCGGGGUCCCCGGCACGGCGCCCACGCACGGGACCGAGGUGCCCAUCUUCCACGGCGGCAACGAGUGCUUCGCUUCCCUCGCCGGCGUCACCGAGGCGCAGCAGGCCCUGGCCGAUUCCAUCCAUGACUGGUUCGUCGGCUGGAUCAAGGACCCGGCCGCCGGGCCUGCGGGAUGGGCGAAGGCCUCGCCAGAGUCCGGCGCUUUGGUCAAACUCGGCGUCCCUGGCGACGAGCUGUCUGCCAUUCCCGGAUCGAGGGGGGAGUACAACUCUCGCUGCCAGUCGGUUUACGGACCUGCGUUUCCCAAGUACCCGGUCGUUCAGUCCGUGGCGGGCAUCCUGUGA